GUUUCAAACGCCAAACCAAACAAAGUGAAAAGAAAAAUUUCAUUUUGUUGUCAUCUCGAUUUUGUGUAUAAAUGCAAUCAGCUGUAAUUCAUUUUAAUCUGUUAAGUAACUUUAAAACUACAAAAGAUUAAGUAAUUCAUCUUAGAAUUUAAACUUACCAAAUUUAACGUUUGAAAUGGAUGAUUUACCCACUAAUUUUGAUGUAAUCGUAGUGGGUACAGGAAUGCCAGAAUGUAUUAUAGCUGCUGCAGCUGCUCGUGUUGGCAAGAAAGUUUUGCACAUUGACAGGAAUAACUAUUAUGGUGGGGAUUGGGCUAGCUUCAGUUUUGAUAAAUUCCUAGACUGGAUAAAAGAAACAGAGGAAAAUAAUGAACACUCUGGAGAACUUAAUAAUACAGAGUCGUCUUUUAUUCAUUUAUUAAAAGAAGAAGAAACUUUGGUUUUGUGUCCUUCUUUUUGCAAAUCUAUAUUAAAUUUGCAUUCGCAAUCACAUAUUAAAGACUCUGUUGAGGAAGUUGCAUCAUCUAAUACUGCUUCUAAUACUGAAACAAGUCCUGCUCUAUCUGAAGAUAGCACUACAGAAAAUAGUCCGGUGACUGCACAAAAUGAUAAUGUGGAAACUGAGUCAAGUAAUGAAAUUACAGAAGCAGAAAACCAAGCACCUAAUCCUGAAAGUGUUCCUGUGGAGGACGCUUCUAUGCUACCACAGAUUCAAAUCGCACACCAAGAAUGGACUCUUGCUUCAUUUAUGGAAAAUCGUAGAAAGUUUAAUAUUGAUUUAUCUCCUAAGAUAAUGUUUUCUAGAGGGUCGCUUGUUGAAUUGCUGAUAUCAUCGAAUAUUGCUCGUUAUGCAGAAUUUCAGUGUAUUAAUAGAGUACUGACUUAUAUAAAUGGCCAUAUAGAGCAAGUUCCUUGUUCUAGAGCAGAUGUUUUCAGCACUAAAAAUGUAAGUGUUGUUGAAAAAAGAAUGCUGAUGAAAUUUUUGACUUUUUGCCUAAAAUUUGAAGAACAAGAGGAAGAGUAUAAAGGGUUUGAAGAUAAGCUGUUUGUUGACUUUCUUAGAUCAAAAAAACUGACUUCAAAUGUGGAGCAUUACAUUAUACAUGCCAUUGCAAUGGUUUCAGAAACUUGUAAUACCAUUCAGGGUCUUAAAGCUACGCAAAAGUUUUUGCAGUCCCUGGGAAGGUAUGGAAACAGUCCUUUUUUGUGUACUUGCUAUGGAAGUGCUGAAUUACCUCAAUGCUUUUGUAGAUUAUGUGCUGUUUAUGAAGGUAUGUAUUACCUCAAAAGAAAACCAGAAGCCAUUAUUUUAAAGAAUAACCGGUGCUGUGGAACAGUUUCUAUGGGACAAAGAAUAGAUUGUCAAUAUCUUAUUAUGGAAUCAAGUUAUGCUGCGCAACAGUUCUAUUCCACUGAUUCAUUGCAAAGCCUUUCUAGGGCUGUUCUUAUAACAGAUUCUUCUCUCUGUCCUUCAGAGAAAAAAGAAAAUACAUUGUUGAGAUUUCCACCCAGAGAUGACAUGAAGAACCCUGUUACAAUUUUGGAGCUCAGUUCAAAGAACUAUGUCUGUCCAGAAGAUUUAUAUAUUGUAUACAUGUAUUGUCGAUCAUCAAGCCAAACAGCUGAGGAAGAUUUGGAACCUAUUAUCAAUUUAUUAUUCAAAAAGGAAAACAGUGGAGAUUCUCAAGAAAGCAAGCCUAAUUUAUUGUGGAGUGUUUUCUUCAAUCAACGGGAUACGUCAACCAUAAAUCUGAAUUCUCACACACCUGAAGGUGUUUUUCUGACGUCCUCCCCAGACAUAGAACUGGAUUAUGAACAUGCUGUUAAAGAGGCUCAAACCAUUUUUGAAACUAUGUAUCCAGGAGAAGAGUUUUUACCAAGGGCUCCUGAUCCUGAGGAUAUUCUAAUUGAGAGUCAUAAUAAUCCUGGUGAUGAGGAGAAUGUUGGGAAGAUUGAAAACGAUGUCAGCGAAAGUGAAGAAAAUAAAGAAAACCACGAGGAAGGUGAUGAAAACAAAGAAAAUGAUGAUUGCGCAGAGAAUAAAGAGAAUGAUUAUAGUGCACAAAGUGAAAAUCAGUUGAACCGUGAAACUGGUGAACAUAAUAACUAGAUUUUUUAUAAGUUCUAUAUACUAUUUAAGAAUGCGGUGUGAUCUUUCUAAUAUUCAUACAUGCUUUACUUGCAUAUGUGGGCCUUAAUGAUGCAAUAGUAGAAAAUAUGCUUUAAAUGA